GCCUCACGGUUCAGAGGGAAAGCUUUUCUUCUCACAGCAGCAGCGGGGAUUUUUCGGACUGCUCACGCCGGAUAUUCAUCACACCAAAAGACUCACUCACGACUGAACGCGACGAAAGCACAAGGAAGCUUUCCCGGGUCGUGUAUCCCUCCACGUCCCAUCUCUCAGCUUUAGGCCGUCGUGUCUUUCUUUAAUUUCUAUAAAAAAAUAUUUCUUCGUACGUUGUCCCCCUCCCGGCUGUCUCUCAGUGGCGCACUCGGGUCUCUUUUGCUGACAUGGUAGAUUAUCACGCUGCUAAUAAUCAAUCCUCGACCGGGGGUGUGCAAGUAUACAUGGAGCAAGAGAAUGAUUGGGACCGGGACCUGCUCCUGGACCCGGCCUGGGAGAAACAGCAGAGGAAGACGUUCACGGCAUGGUGCAACUCCCACCUGAGGAAGUCCGGCACGCAGAUUGAAAACAUAGAGGAGGACUUCAGGGAUGGGCUCAAACUGAUGCUGCUGCUGGAGGUCAUCUCAGGCGAGCGGUUAGCCAAGCCCGAGCGAGGCAAGAUGAGGGUCCACAAGAUCAACAACGUGAACAAAGCCCUGGACUUCAUCGCCAGCAAAGGAGUCAAACUGGUCUCCAUUGGAGCGGAGGAGAUCGUGGAUGGAAACGCCAAGAUGACCCUGGGAAUGAUCUGGACCAUCAUCCUCCGCUUCGCCAUCCAGGACAUCUCUGUAGAAGAGACCUCUGCCAAGGAGGGUCUCCUCUUGUGGUGCCAGAGGAAGACUGCGCCCUACAAGAAUGUCAAUGUGCAGAACUUCCACAUCAGCUGGAAGGACGGUCUGGCCUUCAACGCUCUGAUACACAGACACAGACCCGACCUCAUCGACUACGACAGCCUCAGAAAGGACGACCCCGUGACUAACCUGAACAACGCCUUCGAGGUGGCUGAGAAGCACCUGGACAUCCCCAAGAUGUUGGAUGCAGAAGACAUCGUGGGUACGCUGCGGCCGGAUGAGAAGGCCAUUAUGACCUAUGUGUCCUGCUUCUAUCACGCCUUCUCUGGCGCUCAGAAGGCUGAGACAGCUGCCAACCGCAUCUGCAAAGUGUUGGCUGUCAACCAGGAGAACGAGCAGAUGAUGGAGGACUACGAGAAGCUGGCCAGUGAGCUGCUGGAGUGGAUCCGCCGGACCAUCCCCUGGCUGGAGAACCGAACCCAGGAGAAGACAGUGAAUGAUAUGCAGGCCAAGCAGGAGGACUUCAGAGACUACCGCUGCGUCCACAAACCACCCAAGGUACAAGAGAAAUGCCAGCUGGAGAUCAGCUUCAACACUCUGCAGACCAAGCUGAGACUGAGCAACAGACCUGCCUUCAUGCCUUCAGAGGGACGCAUGGUGUCUGACAUCAACGGAGCGUGGCACACUCUGGAGGGAGCAGAGAAGGGCUACGAGGAGUGGAUCCUCAGCGAGAUCAGGCGUCUGGAGAGACUGGAGCAUUUGGCCGAGAAGUUCCACCAGAAGGCUGCCAUCCAUGAGUCCUGGACCGAUGGUAAGGAGGCCAUGCUGACCCAGAAAGACUACGAGACUUCUACCCUGUCAGAAGUCAAGGCGUUGCUACGGAAACACGAGGCCUUUGAGAGUGACCUGGCGGCCCAUCAGGACCGAGUGGAGCAGAUCGCCGCCAUCGCACAGGAGCUCAAUGAGCUGGACUACUACGACUCUGCCAGCGUCAACGCUCGCUGUCAGAAGAUCUGUGAUCAGUGGGACAGCCUGGGGGCCCUCACCCAGAACCGCAAAGAGUCUCUGGAGAGGACAGAGAAGCAACUGGAGUCCAUAGACGAGCUGUACCUGGAGUACGCCAAGAGAGCAGCACCCUUCAACAACUGGAUGGAGGGAGCCAUGGAGGACCUGCAGGACAUGUUCAUCGUGCACAACAUCGAGGAGAUCCAGGGUCUGAUCACAGCCCACGAGCAGUUCAAGUCCACCCUGGCUGAGGCCAACAAGGAGCGUGAGGCCAUCCAGGCCAUCCAGGCUGAGGUGCAAAAGAUCGCCCAGAGCAACGGCAUCAAGCUGAGCGGAGCCAACCCCUACACCACCAUCACCCCGGAGAGCAUCGACAGCAAGUGGGAGAAGGCGAUGGGCAUGGUGCCCCUGCGUGAUACUGCCCUGCAGGGGGAGCUGAACAAGCAGAACAACAAUGACAGUCUGAGAGCCAAGUUCGCCACUCAGGCCAACACGGUCGGUGCCUACAUCCAGGCAAAGAUGGAGGAGAUUGGCCGGAUAUCCAUUGAGAUGAACGGCACUCUGGAGGACCAGCUGACCAACCUGAGGGAUUACCAGACGUCCAUCAUGUCCUACAUGCCUGAGAUCAACACACUGGAGGGCUCCCACCAGCUCAUCCAGGAGGCCCUCAUCUUCGAUAACCAAUACACCUCCUACACAAUGGAGCACCUGCGUGUGGGCUGGGAGCAGCUGCUGACCACCAUCGCCAGGACCAUCAACGAGGUGGAGAACCAGAUCCUGACGCGUGACGCCAAGGGCAUCAGCCAGGAGCAGCUCUACGAGUACCGCGCCUCCUUCAACCACUUUGACAAGGAUCACAGCGGGGCUCUGAUGGCUGAGGAGUUCAAGGCCUGUUUGAUCAGUCUGGGCUACGAUGUGGAGAACGACAAGCAGGGAGACAGUGAGUUUGCUCGCAUCAUGAGCAUAGUGGACCCCAACAACAGCGGCGCCGUCACCUUCCAGGCCUUUAUCGACUUCAUGUCCAGGGAAACGACAGACACGGACACCGCAGACCAGGUCAUCGCCUCCUUCAAGAUCCUGGCCGCUGACAAGGCCUUCAUCACGGCCGAGGAGCUGAGGAGGGAGCUGCCCCCCGACCAGGCAGAGUACUGCAUCGCCCGCAUGGCCCCCUACACAGGGCCUGACGCCGCCCCCGGAGCCCUGGACUACAUGUCCUUCUCCACCGCCCUGUACGGAGAGAGCGACCUGUAGAGGAGGGCUGCACAGACCGGGAAGGGGGAGGGGGGGUAGGGGGGUAGAGAGUUAUUAUGUGCGUAGAGAAGAGGCCAGAAAGUGAGCGCUUGGAAGAAUUUGAUUGGCAGUUGUGAGGUGCCCCUGCAUGUGCCAGUUUAGAAAUGAUCAGGAGUGUUUGAGACUGAGCAUGUUGAUUGGACGGUAGUCGGGUUGGGCCUGGGUCUGAUGUUUUCCUACGGCUUCAUGAACACAUCAAGAGUAAUCCAUUUGUUGUGAAGGGUAUUUUAUGAACGGGCAUAUCCAGGGGCAGCUGUGGGACAGGGGGACAGUUGCUCUGUAGUGCGGGUCCUUAGCUUCACCCUCUCUGCCUUUGGUGGGGCUAAACUGGGGAGGGAUGGGGGAGGGGAGGCACAAGCUAAUUUGAUACUUAUGCUAAUUUUUGUUUAUUUUAUUAUUAUUUCUUUCUUCUUGCCAACUGGGGUGGGGGCAGGGUGCUGUGGGUUUUGAUGUGGCGACUGGCGAGGUUUGUGUAUUAGAUCCUAGAGAGAUAUAUGCAGCGGGGUCAGAAGGGGGGGGGGGGGGGGGGGUGUUGACCAACCAGAGAUAAAAUGACACAUUUACCCAUAAUUCCCGCGUCGCUGGAUAAGGGGACCUGUCUAACCUCAGCUCUUUUCCUCCUCCUGGCUUUGUUCAUUUCUCACUUCUGUUUAUUUCCUGGAGUAGAUGGGUGGUGGGGCGAUUUCGGGUGGGGCUGGUGAUUUGUGCAGGUGGGGGGGGCAGGGCCCAGCGCUGUACAUACUUUUUUUCCAGUGCGAAUCAUGUCAUACACAGUCCGAGUCGUUGAGAAUAAUUGAUGGCAGGCUUUCAAGUAGAGGGACAUUUAUUACAAAUAAAAAUAAAAAGGCAGAACUUUCAAAGCCAAUGAGAGCGACAGAGCAGUUUCACCAGUGGAUAGGUUUGAGCUUCCAGAAGUCCUUUUUUCUUCAGCUUUCUUCUUCUUUCUGCAAUGGACAUAAACAUAGAAAUAGUAGGUAGCCAUGAAGUUGAGCCUUAUGUACCUAAAGGCCUUCUCCUGUAUAAAUCCCAUGACAGGCAUCUCCAUAAUUAUCAACAAAUAUUUGCUUCUAUGAAACUAUUCUCCUCCUGGGGUGGGCUAUAGGUGCUUAUUUAAAUACAAAAACUAUACAUUUAUAUGAUAGGUAAUAUUAUAGUGGUCAAAGUUAGUCCAGUUUUAUAUACAAGAAAUCACGCAGAAUUCUAUACACGUCAUCUCAUGGAGACAUUUGACUUCCUGGAUUUUUUUAGAGCUGCCAUAGCAAUGCGCUGUGGUGCUCCCCCCUUACACUUUUGGGAAAAUGUUGGAAGUAAUAAAAUAAAUGUGCCUGUUGGUGACUAGAAUCCUGUCCCUCGCUCUUACUCUCACCUAAGUUAGUCUCCCACUUCUUCCUGUUCUCUCCCCCAUCCCUACACCCCUCAUCUGUCUCUGAAGAAAAGGGAAAGAAAAUGUAUCGCAAUGAAGGGGGGGAAGGGGGGAGGGAAAAGAUCGGGGAGGGGUCUUUAUGUAAACAUUCCAUUAUGUGCAAGUAAAAAAAUACUAGAAAAAAGAAAUUGUUAUGUAAAAAAAAAACUAUGCAAUCAUAAUGUGUUCAAUAUCUGAGCUCUGGGUGUUGUGGGCAUCAAUCAGGCCCUUUCUGAGAAAGCUCUGCCUAAAUUCCAGGAUAACUGAGUCAUCUGGUGUUUGUUGGCUGUUACGGGGGAGAGGAGGGGGAGACUGAGGGAAGGACAGACGGGGAAGGAACUGAAAUGAAAAGACUUGGACCAAAAGCUUGUUUCUCUUCUUUGUUUCUCUUCUUUUCCCUGUGAGGUUGGAGAGAAAUGAACUCUGGAAUUGUGAUUUUCCUUUUUUUGUACUCUUUAAUAUCAAACCUUAUCUGCUGUACUGGAAACUGCAACGCCUUCUGUCUGUAAUGAUAAGUGAGUUUCACAAAGCACACAUAAAAGUUUCCUUACAAAAUAA